CUCAGAGUUUAUCGGAAAUACAAAUUUUAAUCCAAAUGAAUUAUUUUAAAAUGAUGAGCAUAGUCUAGCGUUGAAAAUCUCCAUUUCUUCAUAUCAAAAUAGACUUUUGUUCUUUGCCUUCUUCAAACAAUAUCCAGCAUAUCUGCAAUCUAAAAGAAUUGUUUUGGGGAGGAGGGGUCAGUACACAAUGCCACAUCGUGUACUGUUAUAGCCUAAAACAGUUUAACUUAAGGCCCAUUACACAAGGACCCAAAAUUUACUCUUUCCCUUUUUUUAAAAAAAAAGUUAAAAUCUACCUUAUCAUUCUAACUCAAACAUCUUCCCUGCCGUUCGUUUACUUCGAAGGAGAGCUUCAUCGUCCGUCAAAGCCAACAUCGUCGCCCUUCGUCAUCCACAUCAGGUUCUUCCUUCACCGACAUUCUUAACUCGAAAUUAAGGUACGACGGUGACCCUUCAUGAUUUUCUUUAAGAAAUUAUCAAUUCUUUGCUCCGAAUCAGAAUAUCAGAUGACCCAAUUUAUACUAGGGUUUUAUUUCCUUUAAUUUCAACGCACAGGUUCGGUUUUGUGGAGUUGAAGUUUCCCCCUUUUUUUGUUUUUUUUCUUAUGGGAGGUUUGGAAACUCAUUUGUUUUUAGUCAAACCUCUAUUGAUUGAAACUCUCUUUCUUAACUAAAGGAAAUUGGAUGAGGCAGAGUUGUUUUUUUUUUUGGUUUGAAAAUGUACUCAAAUCUAGUCCUUUUAUUAGCACAGGUAAUUCACUCAAUUUGUUUUGAAAGAUAUGACAAAAAAAUCUUUGGUAGGAACAAAGCUUUCAUUUUCUUUGUUUUGACUCAUGUAUCAUACUUUCCUGGAAAAAAAAUUUAAUCUGGGCUCCAAGUUUUGAAAUCCUAAUUCACCUUCUUGUUUUUCCAAAUAUUUUCCUUAAUUUUUGAUUUAAGAUAGAAACCCCUUUGAAGCGAAAGAAUACAAUUCUUUCCUUGUGGUGAUAAAAUGUUUACUAAAGUUUGGUGGCAAAGAAUAAGGUUUUGUUCCACUUUAGAGUGUACUUUUACAAACCAUGGUGACAAAAGUAUGUUAAACUUUUCUUUUAGUACUCAAGAUAAUUCUUCAACCUUAGAAACAACUUUACCUUUCAACUUUGUUGGUUUUUUUUCUAUUGAAUUUAAUAGGUUGUCAAUGGUUAAUCAAAUGCCCCUCUUUUUAAACAAAUUCUUUUAAAGUCAUAAAAAUGAGUUUUUCAACGAUACGAUGAGUCUCCUCAGAAGUUUCAUCACUUUCAUGCCAAAAUAUAUAUUGUAAGGUUAGUUCAACAACUUAUAAUUAUAGGCUAAAAUGUAAUAUUAUGAAUUUAUAACCCACUCACCUGAUAAUACUUUGAUGACAGUUGGGAGGUUUAUGACUCUGCUAUGAUGCUAGUAUUCCUUCAUUGAUAGUUCUUGAUCAGCAGCCCCUCCUUAAUUACUUUUCAAGAAUAUUUGCAUGUUCACCUUAAUAGAAAUUUUGGCUUAUGCAGGUGUUGGUUUUUUUUCCUUUAGGAUGGAGUUUAUGAUGUUUGGAAUAGGAUGAAUUGAUGGGGUAUGUUUGUGGUUUUAAUUAUAUGAGGUAAAGUGUAAAUGGCUAGUUGAGCACUUGAGUCACUCUUGGCAGGGCUUAUAUUGAGGGGUAUGUUUAUAACCAACACCUUUAAUUUGAUAAUAUUUUUAUUUAUAUAGUGUGGAGUGUUAGAGUGUCAUCCACAUCGAAAGUUCAAUAAUUGGUAUAUAAGCUCUUGAGUUGAACUAAUUAAUCGGUUGGAUUCAAUCUUUUAAUGUGGUUCAACUCAAGUGUCUUACUGCCCAAUCUAGUUUUCCAUACAUAUCCCAAAUUCUAUCAUGGUAUCAGAGUAGGUUUUGGCCCACCUCGUUUGUCAAGGUGUCCGUCUAGACGUUCAUUCCUAGCGGCUCGUUAGUCUUUAGCCCAGUUGUGUGUAUGAUAUCAAAGGAACCAACUCAACCAAAAGCUCAAAUUUAUGGUUGUGGCCCAGGAACAAUUAUUUAUAUUCUUAACACGCCCCUCACGUGCAGGCGUAGUUUUUUUUCAAGACUUGCACGUGAAACUUUAAUUUUUUUAAAAUUGGGUGGUGCUGAGUUUCGAACUCGUGACCUCUUAGUCAACGAGGCUCUGAUACCAUAUCAAAAGAACCAACUCAACCAAAAGCUCAAGCUUAUGGUUGUGGCCCAGAAAUAAUUUUUUAUAUUCUAACAUGGAGCAUUUCCGUUCUCCCCUUUAUUUAGAAACAUGGGUCACUCUUUUAUCAAUGCUCUCACUUACUCUUUGCAGGAAACUUGUGAUGGUAGAGAAGUAGGGUCCCUCUCAUUAAUGGACAUGGCUUUGUUGUAGUAUAGGGUGGUAGUUUUGGUAGCAAGCCUUGGAGGGAUUUUGUGGAGAGAAAAAAAAAAGUAGGGUCCAUUACCUUUUAAUUUGAAGGACACAAUUUCUUGUGAGGUUUCAUUUUCUUUGACAGAGGCUCUCCUCAAUGCAUACUUCGUUUUUUUACAUGUAUAUUGUAUAGUUCUCCUUA